AUGACGACGCCAGAGUUGUUCCAGGAGUCCCUGCUGCAGAUCCUGACGCAGCAGCAGCAGCUGAUCGCUCAUCUAUCUCAGGAGAUGUCAGCAACCCAAAAAUACCUAAAGGAGUUCUCCCGCGAUGACGUAGCACUGGAUGCACUAGCUGGCAACAUCACCGAAUUUCGAUACGCUCCGGACGAAGGGUGCACUUUUGAUUCAUGGUAUUCACGUUACGAGGAGCUAUUCGAUAAAGACGCCAGUAAGCUAGACGAUUCCGCCAAAGUUCGACUCCUUAUGAGGAAACUCGACCCAGCGGCGCACGAGCGGUACACAAGUUUCAUACUCCCAAAACUGUCCAAGGAGUUUGGCUUCACCGAAACUACCGCGAAGCUAAAAUCGCUUUUCGGAUCUACCGUCUCGAUCUUUCAUCAGCGGUAUCAGUGCUUGCAGACCGUCAAAGAUGAAACAGAGGACAUCGUGUCAUACUCCUGCAAGGUAAACCGUGCUUGUGUGGAUUUUAAACUUGCCGACCUAUCCGAGGAGCAAUUUAAGUGCCUAGUUUUUGUUUGUGGCCUCAAGUCCUCGAAGGACUCCGAUAUUCGGAUGCGGCUGAUCACGAAGCUGAACGAAUCGUCAGAGAUAACGUUGGCGAAGAUCGUGGAGGACUGCAGAGCCCUGACGAACCUCAAAAACGAUACCGUGCUGGUAGAAAAACCUUCAGCAACAGUGCGAGCUGUGAAGCACAACACCAACAAACCUGUCAAGCCGUCACGUCAUUCAUCGGCUGCUGCGGGUAAUGAAACCAGGGCAGAUCAGCCACGUUCUCCGUGCUGGUCGUGUGGAGGAAUGCACUAUUCGAAGGACUGCCAGUUUCGGGGUCAUCAAUGCCGAGAGUGCGGAAAGAAGGGGCAUAAAGAGGGCUACUGUGCCUGCUUCGCUGCAAAAUCAUCAUCUGGCGAUGCGAAAAAGAAUGCACGGAGCCAGAAGUCAACCAAGGUGGUCUCCGUAAACACAGUUAGCCGGGGGAGGAAAUUUGCGGAGUUGCGGAUAAACCAUGUUCCGGUCCGACUACAAGUUGAUUCGGCGUCGGACAUCAGCAUUAUCACCGCCGAAAUGUGGAAGAAGAUUGGAGAACCAGAAACAUCUCCGCCUUCUUGCCAAGCUGUGACAGCAUCCGGAGAACCGCUAAACAUCGCAUCCGAGUUCUGGUGUGACGUAUCAAUCAACGGUGUCUCCAAACGAGGUUUGUGUCGUGUCAUGGUUCCGGAAAUUUCUCUAUCAGUUCUAGGUGCCGACUGGAUGGACAACUUCGGCCUAUGGGACGUUCCAAUCAACUCGUUCUGCAACCAAAUCAGUAGCCAGUUCCAGCCAGGCGUAGGGGCAAUUCAAUCAAAGUUCCCUGACGUCUUCACCAGCAGUAUGGGACUGUGCUGCAAAACCAAGGUCAAUCUACCACUACGAGGAAAUCCUAGGCCGAUAUUCCGGCCGAAACGUCCCGUGUCCUACAGCAUGGAGGGAGCCGUCGAAGAGGAAAUCCAACGACUACAUCAACUUGGCGUGCUAAAACCGGUUGAUUACUCCGAGUGGGCGGCGCCAAUAGUGGUCGUUCGGAAGCCAAACGGACGGAUUCGCAUCUGUGCGGAUUUCUCUACUGGUUUGAACGACGUCCUCGAGCCGAACCAAUAUCCGCUACCGCUGCCAGAGGAUAUUUUUGCGAAGAUGUCGGGGUGUCGGUAUUUCAGCCAUAUCGACCUCUCCGAUGCCUACCUACAGGUCCAGGUGGAUGAAAGCUGCCAAAACCUUCUCACCAUCAACACUCACAAGGGGCUCUAUCAGUUCACUCGCUUGUCUCCUGGCAUCAAAUCAGCUCCGGGGGCGUUUCAGCAACUGGUAGACGCAAUGCUCGCUGGACUCAAAAGCACCAGUGGGUACUUGGACGACGUCUUGGUGGGUGGCCGAACAGAGGAGGAGCAUAAUCGAAAUCUUGAGCUGGUUCUUAAUCGUAUCCAGGAGUACGGAUUCACCGUUCGAAUCGAGAAAUGCAGCUUCAGCAUGCGUCAAAUCAAAUAUCUGGGACAGAUCUUGGAUAGCGAUGGCAUUCGACCGGAUCCAGACAAGGUCGCCGCCAUUGCCAACAUGCCACCACCAAUCGAUCUGCCGUCGCUGAGAUCGUAUUUAGGAGCCGUAAAUUACUAUGGCAAGUAUGUUCCUGAAAUGCGGAAGCUACGGUAUCCCAUGGAUCAACUCCUGAAAGCAGGAACCAAGUGGGAAUGGAACAAGGCGUGUCAAGAUUCUUUCGAUCGCUUUAAGGAACUGCUGAUGUCUCCGCUGGUGCUGACCCACUACAAUCCUCAAUUGGACAUCGUGGUGUCUGCCGACGCAUCUUCAAUCGGUAUCGGGGCCAGAAUCGCACACCGAUUUCCCGACGGCACCGUGAAGGCAAUUUGUCACGCCUCCAGAAGCCUAACCCCAGCCGAAACAAAUUACAGCCAGAUCGAGAAGGAGGGGUUGGCCUUGAUCUUCGCUGUAACGCGCUUCCAUCGAAUGCUUUUCGGAAGACACUUCACGUUGGAGACAGACCACAAACCGUUGUUGGCCAUAUUCGGAUCUAAAAAGGGAAUCCCCGUUUAUACCGCCAACAGGCUGCAACGUUGGGCGCUGACUCUUCUCCUUUACGACUUCUCCAUCGAAUACGUGUCGACCGAUAGUUUUGGUUAUGUAGAUCUUCUAUCGAGGCUGAUAAACACCCACAUUCGGCCUGAUGAGGAGUACGUGAUAGCAUCGAUCGAGCUGGAAAAUACGUUCCACAAUGUCGUUAAUCAAUCGCUGGAAGUCUUCCCGCUCACAUUCAAGUCGAUCCAGGCAGAAACCAGAGCGGAUCCGGUUCUCCAAAAAGUGCUUCAGCACGUGCAGCAAGGCUGGCCGACCAAGAAGACAGACGUCACCGACUCAUACCAGCAAUUCUAUCUUCGUAAAGACGGACUGUCAGUCAUUUCCGGCUGCCUUCUCUACGGUGAGCGACUGGUGAUUCCUUCGAAGUACCAGAAGAAGGUCCUCCAGUUGUUGCAUAAGGGCCAUCCAGGUGUCGAGCGAAUGAGAGCGGUGGCACGUAGCUACGUAUACUGGCCUGGAAUCGACGCGUGCAUUGCUAAACUUGUUUUUUCCUGUACCGAGUGUGCUCGGGCUGCCAAAACCAACACUAGAACCAACUUGGAGUCCUGGCCCGUACCCGAAAAGCCCUGGCAGAGACUGCAUAUUGAUUACGCUGGUCCUGUUGACGGUUGGUACUACCUCAUCCUGGUCGAUGCGUACUCGAAAUGGCCGGAGGUCGUCCGAACGCGUCAAACGACAUCACCAGCUACCAUUGAAAUUCUGGAGAGCAUCUUCGCUCGCUUCGGAAACCCGGAGACACUGGUUAGCGACAAUGGACGCCAGUUCAUCAGCGGGCAGUUCGAGGGGUUCUGUGACACCAAAGGCAUACUGCACCUGAAGACGCCACCUUUCCACCCACAAUCUAAUGGACUUGCAGAAAGAUUCGUUGACACGUUCAAGCGAACUCUCAAGAAAAUUACGGCGGGAGGAGAGGGUCUCACCGAAGCAAUCAACACCUUCUUGUUAUGCUACCGUUCUACGCCCUGCCGAAGCGCUCCCGAGGGAAAAUCACCUGCCGAGAUAAUGCUUGGUAGAACGAUACGCACUUCGCUCGAUCUGCUCAGACCACCAACUGCAUCUCACAAAACAGAUCACUCCAAGCAGGACGACCAGUACAACCGCAAGCAUGGAAGUAAAGAAAUCAGGUACAAUUCUAAGGACCUGGUUUGGGCCAAGGUCUUCAAGAACAACAGUUGGAGCUGGGAAGCUGGUCAAAUUCUCGAACGCAUUGGGAACGUGAUCUACAACGUUUGGUUGGAGCAUAAGAAGACGCUAAUUCGAUCGCACUGUAACCAACUCCGUAAGCGAUGUGAGUCGGAUGAAACUGAAACAGCUGAUGAGAGGCAGCCUACGCAAGUCCCACUUGACAUUCUACUAGAGUCAUGGGGCCUGGAUCGAAGUUCAACAGACGAAACUGAAUCGAUCUUCCAAUCGAAUCCGUAUGCGCCUCCCGGAAACAAGCCAGUGCAACCAGAUGGACUGCCCCCGAACUCUAAUCCUCGCCCUAACCGGAAACAGAAACUGCAACGUCAACCAUCAGUAACUCGCCAAUCCUCGCGCAGCCGGAGGCGUCCCGUGAGAUAUGACCCGUACCAUCUGUACUACUAA